AUGAGUACACCUGUUGGUGUAACGGUGCUAAUGUACGUGGCACAAGAAGUAAAGCAGAGCAAAGAGCGACAAUUUACAGAUGUACAUGGAGAAAUGCUAGCGUCUCUUCCAUUUGAUGACCUUCAUUUGAUACAAGUAGCUAGUGAAUUAGUCGCAAGAGGUUUAGUAAUCAAAGUCAUUGCGAUUCCGUCCCAUCGCAGCUUUUAUCGUGUCGAGUCACUGGAGAAAUACAAGCGAAGAGAUCAAGAGACUACGACUACUAGUACGUCUAUUGAUAGUAUUACGCAGCCCUUUGAUGACUCAAUGGUGAGCGGUAGUGGUGCCAAUUACUACAAUUGCUUUAGUCAUUAUUGUACUUGUGCUGUUUUCCACAAGACGACAGUGAUGACACACCCGACGGCAAUGUGCAAGCACAUGGUGGCGCGGCUCCUGGCAGAUGCAACUGGUCAGUUCCAGACCAUGCAGAUUGAAGAUGCUCAGUAUGCUCAGAUGCUGUGUCCUCCUUCUGCAAUGUAG